AUGGCCAAAAUAAAGAAUGUGAGGAUGAAUGAACUCAUCCUCGACAAUAAAAGAUACUUGGGCAUGAUUAUCCAAAAUACUUUCAAGCUGGAUGAGAUGUUCAAUAUCUGCUUCAAUCAACUAGAUGAUGAAAGGAAGAAACUGGCAACGGCUUUACAGACUUUGUCCAAAUCUGAGCAGGACUUGGCCGAUGCGAAGAAAAAGUUAUUUGCUGAGGAGCAAGCUUGCAAGAGCGCCGAGUCGGCCUUGGAAGGCUAUCAAAAGCAGGCCAAGGACCAGGGGAACCGUUUGCGUGAGGCGAAUGCCGAACUGAAGAAUGCUCAGGAACAAGUUCUAGCUCUUAGGAAGCACUCGGAGGAAACCCAAAAGCUGAGGGAGCAAGCUGAAAAGUCCAGGGAGGAAGCCGAGAAAGCAAAAACUGAGGCCGAACGGGCAAUGAAUGAAGCUAAGCAGAAAGGCUAUAAGGUCAGUAUAGUUGAGACUGAGGAGGCUUUGAGAGCCAAGGUUCCUGCGGUGUGCCGCAUCUACUGUGCCAAAACUUGGGAUGAGGCCCUUAAUCGAGUUGGGGUUGAGGCUUCGUCCAAGUUGAGGAGGCCAGAGAAUGUAUUUUAUCCUGAAGCGAUCCGCCCCUCAGAUACUCCAACCCCUCAAGCUGAAACCAUUCCCUCAACCGUUAAUCCCAAUGAGGAGGUUUUGCCUCCAAGUCUUCCCCCUCCUGGCCAGCCAGACCUAGCUAAAGAGGAUACUGCCCCUCUAGAAGCUUCCUCGGACAAGACUGCAGCUGCUUCUGAGACAGGGGUGGCCUCCCUAGGUUUUCAACAGGAUUUGGCCUCCACAGUCUUGCCAGCUGAGGGAGCUACUAAAGGUAAAAGGGAAGUCACCACCGUGGAGGCAGACAAACCAGCCAGCCAAGCUCCAAAGAUCCAAAUUAAAUUGAAAAAAUAG